CUCCUUUUCAGUCCCUUUCAGUCUCGUGUGAUCUCAUCUCGGUCCGGUGAUCAUGUAGGCCUUGGCUAGGCACUUUUCGUGUUUGCCAAUACGAGGAGCUCUCGUUUUCGUUUCGGUUUCAAUCAUGCAGCAGGAGGGCAAGCCUCGUUUCCUCAAAUUCCAUCAAGGGAGCGUUCGAGGUGUUGCCUUCAAUCCCAAGGAUCGUUACUUGUUCUGUUCGGGUGCCUGCGAUGGGAAGGUGAAUCUCUACUCGGCUCUCCGCAUGGAGCUCCUCAUGUGUUACCAGAUCACUACCAUGUCCUUGGCUAGGAACGUGAAUGCGGUUCGCUUCACUUCGGAUGGUUGCCGGAUCCUAGCCGGUACUUCAGCAAGGCGGCUGGCAGUGAUCGAUGUGGAACGAGGGGAGCAGCUGAUAGCAUAUGACAAUUGUGCCUACAAUGGUCGAGACCGGUCAGCCCUGGCGGCAGAUCCCAUCUGUCCGUACAUGGCUGUUACAGUUUGUGUCAACGGAAAAGGGAUCACUCUCUUUGAUCUCAGGAUGCCUCUCCCUCUUGACUUCAUGUAUGAUCUCCAUGAUGCACCAAUCAGGGACCUUUUGUUUUUGCAUUCUUCAUGGCCUUGGAGUCCUGGUAUCCAGGGUUCGCUCAUGUCUGCUUCCACAAAUGGACAAGUGAAAAUCUCCUCCCUGGAUGGCAGGCUUCUUCAUUCCUUCAAUGUUGACCACAAAAUUAACUCCAUAUGUCCAACCCCCGAAGUAUAUGGGUCCUCUGCUGAUGAUGGCUUUUUCAGUCACAUCAUGUGUGCUGGAGAGCAGGUGACGUCGUAUGUGCCCGAGGUCGGUCUACAAGAGCAAUUGCAUGAUUUCAAAGAAAACCAAGUUUGGAAACUCAGGUACACUUCAAACGGGUCACUACUCUAUGCAGCUUGCGAAAACGGUGCAGUGAGGCGAUACCGACGCUAUCCGCACCAUCAUACCUUCCUCGGUGCUGUGUUCACACACCGAGGAGAGGUUCAAGACCUGGACAUCUCCCCUUUUGAUGAAUAUUUGGUGACAGCAUCUCGUGAUAGAAGUGUCGGGAUCCUUCACCUUGGUGCACCCAAGCACGGUUGGACAGAAUAUUGUGAAUUGACGUGAUAUCCAGCUGAGUGCCUCAAUUAGGAUUCCAAUUCUUUUUUUUUAUCCCUCCUUUACCCUCUUGACUGAAUGGCCUUCCCACUGAGGCAGGGAGGUGUAGACUAAGAUCUGAACCAGCACAUUCAGAAUGUAUUUUCUGUAUGCAGAGUGAAUGACUCACCCAGGCCCCUUCUCUCCCUGGUGCCAAAAGGUCAAUAGCCUACUUACCGGUAAGGACACAACUCAAUCAGAGUCUCGGACUUGUUGGACGAAAGAUGGACUGGUGUAUUGCAUCAUGGGAUAAUAUUGUUCCCAUGAUCAUCUUAUCCCAUGGGCCAGUGCAUGAAUCCUUCUAGGGUUCUGAGAGAAAGUUUUAUAUUCUUUAGCACCAGUAUGGAAGCUUUUGCUCUGGACAAAAGCAUUGCUCAGUGAUGUUUCAGGCAACUUUUUCCUCUUUUUUUUUAA